AACUGUCAAGCUUUGUUUUGGUUUUGAUUGACUUCGCGGAAGAUUGGAAACGUUUUCUCUGUAUUUUGCGCAAAAUGUUCAAAAAAUCGUGAAUAAAUUAAUAUUUAUCGCGCUAGUUUUGUGUCCUAAUUUGCCAUGGAUAAGUUUUCGGACGUGUGCAAGUUGGAACAAAGCGGAAGCAACGUCGGCGGGCUGAUAAUCAAGAAGAAGGACAAAACGGCUGAGAAGGACGUGUUCAAAAAACCGAAAGCAUCCUUGCUGGGGUUGGACCGAUUGGCCGCAGCUCAAAGGGCCCGCAAGCAACAAGAAGCGGCGCGGCUCUCGUUCAAAGAUUCCGAUGGUAACGAUAUGGAUGAGGAUGAGGCCGGCGGGAAAGAUUACUCCGAAAGACGAGAGAGAAGUAAGCACUCUUCGUCAUCUUCGGCCUCAUCCUCUUCGAAGCAGUAUCGGGAAAGUGCAGUGGAAACUCCUUCCUAUACCGGUGGAGUGAGUGAUGCUGCCAGGAAGAGGUUCAACGACCGUUCCAAGGAGGACUACCAUGGGAAGGGGCUUUACGCAUCGACCAAGUCGAAGAAGGAUCGAGAUCGAGACGACGACGACGACGAGCGGAAGCGACACAAGUUCUCCUCCAGUAGCUCUCGGAGUCGGAGAGGAGAUUCCUCGCAUCGAACACCAGGCCACUACAAAGAUGAACCGCAAACGCCUCGAAGCGAUCGCCGUAUGGAUGCAUUCGGAUGGGAGGAUGAUGAUGAAAGGCAGGCUUCCAGUUCCCGAAAAUCGUCGUGGGACUAUCCUACUCCCAAACUGCCGAAGGGUUCGGAGUCUGUACGAAGCAAUCGUCCUUCGUCGUCAUCGUCUUCCAGGAGAGGUCGAGAAGAGGACACACCUCGUCCGACUCCGGCCCACAAGUACAACAAAUGGGCACCAGAUCGGAAGGAAUCCGGAGCGACCCCACACGGCAGCAAGAAGAAUGUUCCAUGGGAGUCCGAAGAAGAUAAGGAUCUCUGGGAAAAGGAGCAGGUGCGCUUGGAUCGCGAGUGGUACAGCAUUGGCGAGGGAUAUGACGAGGAGAAUAAUCCAUUCUCCGGAACAAGUUCGGAAUAUCUUCAGAAACGGGAAGAACAGUUGGAGCAACGUAGGAUCAAGCGGAUGUCUGCUCAGCAGCGUCAAAUCAACAAGGACAAUGAACUGUGGGAGAAGAAUCGUCUGCUCACAUCCGGAGUGGUGAUGUCGAUCAAUUUCAACGAAGAUUUUGACGAAGAAGCUGUGGAGCGAGUCCACUUGUUAGUCCAUCAUACGGUUCCACCUUUUUUGGAUGGCCGAAUUGUGUUUACGAAGCAGCCGGAACCGGUUAUUCCUGUGAAGGACGCAACCUCAGAUAUGGCCAUGGUUGCUCGGAAGGGAAGCCUUCUGGUGAGGACCUAUCGAGAACAGAAGGAACGUAGGAAAGCUCAGAAGAAGCACUGGGAGUUGGGUGGCACAAAGCUCGGAAACAUAAUGGGCGUCGAGAAGAAACAGGAUGACGAAGAUGCCAAGUAUGACGCAGAAACAGACACUGCAGACUACCGCAAGGAUCAGAAAUUCGCAGACCACAUGCAAGCACAGGACGAUAGCGCCGAUUUCACCAAGAAAAGGCCAAUCUACGAACAGCGAAGAUCGCUUCCUGUGUUUGCUGUGCGUCAAGAUCUAUUGAACGUGAUCCGUGAGAACUCGGUUGUAAUCAUUGUUGGUGAAACUGGUAGUGGAAAAACUACUCAGCUCACUCAGUAUCUGCAUGAAGAUGGCUACAGUCGAUUGGGCAUGAUUGGUUGCACACAGCCUCGAAGAGUGGCUGCCAUGUCCGUGGCCAAACGUGUAUCGGAUGAAAUGAACACCAAGUUGGGACAAGAGGUUGGCUAUGCGAUUCGAUUCGAGGAUUGCACUUCGGAGAAAACAGUCAUCAAAUAUAUGACGGAUGGUAUUCUACUGCGUGAAAGUUUGAGAGACAGUGAUCUCGACGGAUACUCAGCGGUCAUUAUGGAUGAAGCUCACGAACGGUCACUCUCUACUGACGUUCUUUUUGGACUGCUACGAGAUAUUGUCGCUAGAAGGAGAGAUUUGAAGCUGAUCGUCACGUCUGCUACUAUGGACGCAACUAAGUUUGCUACGUUCUUUGGUAACGUACCUACUUUCACCAUUCCAGGUCGAACCUAUCCGGUAGAUGUCCUGUUCAGCAAAAAUGUCUGUGAAGAUUACGUGGACUCUGCCGUCAAGCAAGCCCUCCAAAUUCAUCUUCAGCAGCUGGAAGGGGACAUGUUGAUUUUCAUGCCCGGUCAGGAAGAUAUUGAAGUCACGUGCGAAGUACUUGCCGAACGAUUAUCUGAAAUUGAAAACGCCCCCGAGUUAUCGAUCCUCCCGAUCUAUUCACAACUUCCGUCCGACUUGCAAGCAAAAAUUUUCCAACGCUCUGCUGAAGGCCUCCGCAAAUGUAUCGUUGCUACGAACAUCGCCGAAACUUCCCUGACCGUCGACGGAAUCAUCUUCGUCAUCGAUUCGGGCUACUGCAAACUUAAAGUCUACAAUCCAAGGAUUGGUAUGGAUGCCCUGCAGAUCUACCCCAUCUCCCAAGCUAACGCAAACCAACGUUCUGGUCGUGCCGGAAGAACUGGACCGGGACAAGCUUUCCGUCUCUACACCGAACGCCAGUACAAAGACGAACUGCUCGCUCUGACCGUUCCGGAAAUUCAACGAACCAAUCUAGCCAACACCGUACUCUUGCUGAAGUCUCUGGGUGUUGUAGACCUCCUCCAAUUCCAUUUCAUGGAUCCACCCCCUCAGGACAACAUCCUCAACUCGCUGUACCAGCUUUGGAUUCUGGGAGCGCUGGAUCACACCGGAGCCCUGACGUCGCUCGGUCGGCAAAUGGCCGAAUUUCCGCUCGAUCCUCCCCAGUGUCAAAUGCUGAUCGUUGCCAACCAGAUGGGAUGCAGUGCGGAGAUCUUGAUUAUCGUAUCAAUGCUCUCCGUUCCUUCGAUUUUCUACCGGCCCAAAGGAAGGGAAGAGGAAGCGGACAACGUGCGAGAAAAGUUUCAGGUUCCGGAAUCGGAUCAUCUUACAUACCUCAAUGUGUACCAGCAGUGGAAGAUGAACAAGUAUUCAUCAAACUGGUGCAACGAGCAUUUUAUUCACAUCAAAGCCAUGCGCAAGGUGCGGGAGGUUCGCCAACAGCUCAAGGAUAUCUACGUGCAGCAACGGCUCAAGGUGCAAUCCUGCGGCACCAAUUGGGACAUCGUUCGGAAGUGUAUCUGUUCGGCUUACUUCUACCAAGCGGCCCGACUGAAGGGCAUCGGCGAGUACGUCAAUCUGCGCACGGGUAUGCCUUGCUACUUGCACCCGACGUCGGCUCUGUAUGGUCUGGGCACCACGCCGGACUACGUGGUGUACCACGAGUUGGUGAUGACGGCCAAGGAGUACAUGCAAUGUGCUACCGCUGUGGAUGGGUUCUGGCUUGCCGAGCUGGGACCUAUGUUCUUUUCGGUGAAGGAAACCGGCAAAAGCAGUCGAGAGAAGAGGAAGCAGGCAGCUGAACAUUUGCACCAGAUGGAAUCCCAAAUGCAAAAGGCACAAGAACAGAUGGAAAAGCAGAAACAGGAAGAAGUUGAACGUCAACAGCAACAGAUGAUCAAGCAAGAGAUCAUCACUCCGGGAGCUACUCCUAGGAGAACUCCAUCUCGGAUAGGCUUGUGAAUGGAACCUCCUCACAAUCACAGCACUUCUCAAAUAUCACAAACUACGGAAGCAUCCAACGACAGCGUUCGUGCUUUCUCUUAGCAUAUCAGAUCUCUUUUUCUGUGCAGUUAAUAUGCC